AUGAGAUUAUUUGAUGAAGAUUCCAAGGGUGAAUCUGAUGUUAAUGAUAAAGAUGUAUCACCUAGAUUGACUAAAUGUAAAGGAAAUAUUAGGAAGAAAAAUGCGACAGAUGAAACAAAAAAGAUAGAUGAAGAUUAUGAUCAAAUCGAUAAAAUAGAUAAAUUACGCAUAAAACAAUCAAAAAUAAAAUGGGAGAAGACUUUAGAGAAAUGGGGUAAAUUGAAAACAAUUGCGAAGUAUAAAAACGAGAUCUUAAAUAGUGAAUUAUUAGAGGAUUUAUUUUAUUAUAAUUUCACUUACGAAUUGGAUUGGAAUAAGUCACUAUUUUUUGUUAGCAAUUUAAAUAAUUAUUGUAAACAGCAAACAUGCGAUCAAGAUUCAUUAAAACAUUCCGAGAUAUGUAUACGAUGUGAAAAAGAAUUUGAGGAUUGGGAUCAUAUUUUAGGAGAUUUCGAUCAAGCAGCGAUAGUGAGAAAUGUAAAUAUAGCCGUUACAAGUAUUUUAUUUGAAAAAUCAUCAAUUCUAUUGGGUAAAACAAGGGAAUGUAAAUUAUUAAGAGGCGUUUAUAAUAAUGGAUUCAAUAAGAUAACAAAUGAUAAGGAAGAGAAAAAGAUGAUUUUUAGAUAA